AUGGCCGGCGAUAUGGAAGUAAUCGAGGCUGGGUCCUCAGCCCGGGGCAAACUGCGCAUCGUCGCAAUUAUGACUGCGCUCUCUUUGGCUAUGCUUAUUGCUGCAUUGGAUCAGACUAUUCUGGCUACUGCUAUUCCCACUAUUGCGGCAAAGUUACACUCUGCUGCGGGUUAUACGUGGAUUGGUGGCGCUUAUUUGCUUGCCAAUGCCGCUGGUGCUUGUAUCUGGGCGAAGCUCUCGGAUAUUUGGGGUCGGAAAUUGAUCUUGCUGAUUGCCGUGGCUUGGUUCUUUAUCAGUUCCAUUGUUUGCGCUGUUGCUGUUAACAUGGAGAUGUUGAUUGCCGGUCGUGCGUUGCAGGGUGUCGCUGGAGGUGGACUGCUACAGCUCAUCACGAUUAUCAUAUCUGAUCUCUUCAGUGUCCGACAGCGCAGUCUAUACCUUGGCCUGAUGGAGUUUAUGUGGGCCUUUGCUGGUGGUAUUGGCCCCCUUCUCGGUGGUGCAUUCUCCCAAUAUGUCUCCUGGCGAUGGAACUUUUGGAUCAACGUCCCCGUCUCCGGAAUAACAUUCAUUCUCCUGCUCUUCUUCCUGGACGUGCACAACCCCAAGACCAAAAUCAUGGACGGCGUCAAAGCGAUCGAUUGGUUCGGCAGCGUCUCCAUCCUGGGACUUACACUGAUGCUCCUCCUGGGCUUGGACUUUGGUGGCGAGACAUUCGCCUGGAACUCUUCUCAGGUUAUUUGCCUGAUCGUCUUCGGAUCUUUCUGCUCCCUCCUUUUCAUUUACAGCGAGAAGAGACUAGCGAAGUACCCGCUUAUGCCUCUGAGCAUCUUUUCGCGUCUGUCUAACAUUGCCACAUUGGCCGUGGCUUUUGCACAUGGAUUCGUGAGUCUUCAUCGCAGGCGAAUACUACAUGCCCCUAUACCUCCAAUCAGUCAAACAAGCAUCACCCAUGCGCUCAGGAGUCCUCAUCCUCCCCUCCCCCUCGCCGAAGCCUUCUCCGGCAUCGCCACCGGCGCAAUCAUCCACAAAACCGGCCGCUACCUCGAACUCAUCUGGGGCGGCCUAGUCCUCAUGCUCAUCGGAAACGGUCUCUACAUCCACCUAGGCGUAAACUCCUCCCUCGGCGAGAUCGUCGGCUACCAACUCAUCAGCGGAAUCGGCGCAGGCUUCCUCUUCCAAACGCCUAUCAUCGCCAUCCAAGCCAUGGUCUCGCAGGAUGAAACAGCGACCGCGACAGCUACUCUCGGAUUCAUCCGUAACAUGGCCACUGCCUCGUCGAUUGUUAUCGGCGGCGUCGUGUUCCAGAAUAGCAUGGGCAAGAUGAAAUCGAGUCUUCUGGCGACGGGCAUGUCGGAGGCUAUGGCGGAUCGGAUGACGGGGGAUUCUGCGGCGGCGAAUAUCGAGUAUAUCAAUCAGAUUGAUGAUGCGGCGCAGCUUUUGGCUGUUAAGGAGGCGUUUGCUUGGAGUUUGAGGAAUAUGUGGAUUUUGUAUACUUGCAUGUCUGCUGUUGGGUUGUUCCUUUCGGCGUUUAUUUUGAAGGCGAGGUUGAAUAAGGAGCAUGUUGAGACUGUGACGGGGCUGAAUCAGGAGAAGAGGGCUGUUGUGCAGGAUGUGCGACCGGUUGAUGAGUAG